AUGAGCUCUGACAACGAUAGUUACCACCACCCAGUUCUCGCUCUGUCACAUGGGCCGGGUCCGCUGUGGCUGCUCAAACAAGGCUCGGAAAGCCGCUCAAGCAAACCAGCUCGCAACGUUGCGUCCAUCUUCAAAAAGCUCUACCCGGGUGGAGCACACGAGCCGAAGCGUAUUCUUUUGGUGUCAGCGCACUGGGAGACAUACCGCAUCGGGUUUGAGAUCUCCAAGUUGCCCAACCCGGGAAUGCUGUUCGACUACGAAGGGUUUCCCCCGGACGCGUACAAGGUGGUAUACCCCGCGAAAGGCGACCCCGACUUUGCCAAUGAGGUAGCCACGUUAUUGUCGCGAAGUAAAAUCAAGGCGACGCAAGUGCUACGUGCGUUCGACCACGCAGCGUUCGUGCCAUUGACGCUGAUCCGUCGCCAAGCAGACAUCCCGGUGGUGACGCUAUCGAUCAACUGGAAGCUAAAUGCACGGGCACAUUUCGAGCUGGGUCGAGCUUUGGCUCCGCUAAGAGAUCAGGACACACUGAUUAUCUGCUCUGGCCAGGCGACGCAUGGCCAGCGUGGAGAGGGAGAUGACAUUCCACAGUCUGGACUGGAUUUCCAGGUGUGGCUGGACUCGGUACUAACUAGGGAUGAAGAGGAACAGGAGGAUCUCACGUACGCGCAACGGCAAGAGAAGCUGCUUGCAUGGGAAUCCGCACCCGGCGCCCUUGAGGCACACCCGAGAGGGGACCACUUCAUGCCAUUCCUGGUCGCUGCAGGAGCCGGCAUGGAGAAAGAGGCCCCUCAGGCGAUGAAGCUGUACGGUGGCUGGGGUGCCGAGACCCACCUAUCCUACGCGACCUACGCGUGGGCACAGUAG